AUGGCGUUUCUAUUUAACCGGAGCAGACAGCGGCAGCCUGCAGAGGUUGCAAGGACGACCAAGGACCUGCUGGUCAAGCUGUGGGAUGUCCCUGGAGAUGCAAAGGUAGAAGAAGACCUGGCCAAGCAGCUAGGCUAUAUGAAGCUCAUUGUACAGGGGACGCAAGAAGUCGAUACACUGCCAGACCAGGUGCAACAACUUGUGCAUGCAGCACUGCAAGAAGAUCUCCUCUAUGAACUCGCGCGAUCCAUCCCAAUCCUCCCCUUUGAAGCCCGCAAGGACACCCAGACUAUCUUCUCACACAUCCUCCGCUUCAGACCAAAUGCAUCAACCACCACAGGCGCAACUAUACCCAAUGCCAACGCCAGCACUGGUGCAGGCGCUAUAUCGUCCACAUCCGGCGACCCGCCGGUCAUCUCGUACAUCGUACAUAAACGGCCUGAAGUGCUGACCCGGCUAUGUCGCGGCUACGAGAACAACAAGAGCGCGAUGCCCUGCGGAUCGAUCCUACGCGAGGCGCUCAAGUACGAGGUCGUGGCUGGCAUUAUCCUGUACGACGAGUCCGGAGAAGGAGAGAGGGCGAUACGACUUAAUGAGAUACAGCCUGGCGAGAAGCAGAGCGGCGAGGGAUUGUUUUGGAGUUUUCUGGGCUGGAUUAAUCAGGGUAGCUUCGAGGUUAGCGCAGAUGCGUUUACGACAUUUAGAGAUAUAUUGACACGCCACAAGGCACUGGUGGCCGGGUACCUGAGCGCGAACUUCGACCUGUUCUUCAGCCGGUACAACAACAUCCUGGUGCUGUCUGACUCGUACGUGACGAAGAGGCAGAGCAUCAAGCUGCUGGGCGAACUGCUGCUGGACCGCGCCAACUACAACGUCAUGACGGCAUACGUGGACAGCGGCGACCACCUCAAGCUAUGCAUGAACCUGCUUCGAGACGACCGCAAGAUGGUGCAGUACGAAGGCUUCCACAUCUUCAAGGUUUUCGUCGCGAACCCGAACAAGAGCGUGGCCGUGCAGCGGAUCCUAAUCAACAACCGGGACCGGCUGCUGAAGUUCCUGCCCAAGUUCCUGGAGGACCGGACGGACGACGACCAGUUUACGGACGAGAAGAGCUUCCUGGUGCGGCAGAUCGAGAAUCUCCCGAGCCAGGCGCAGUGA